CCGUCAAAAAUAAAAACAAACAGGAAGAAUAAGAAAAAGAAGUUUGUAGCUUUGAGGCUGGCAGUAACAAUGGAUCAGAAGAUUCCUUAUGAUGACUACCAGCUCCCAGUGGUAUUCCUGCCCUCUUAUGAGAACCCACCAGCAUGGAUACCCCCACAGGAGCGGGUUCAUCACACUGACUACAACAACGAGCUCACCCAGUUCCUGCCUCGUACCAUUGUGUUGAAGAAACCUCCAGGAGCACAGCUGGGCUUCAACAUCCGUGGGGGCAAGGCAUCACAGUUGGGAAUCUUUAUAUCCAAGGUGGUCCCAGACUCAGAUGCCCACAGAGCAGGGCUUCAAGAGGGGGACCAGGUUCUUUCUGUGAAUGAGGUCGAUUUCCAAGACAUAGAGCACUCAAGAGCUGUAGAGAUUCUAAAGACUGCACGAGAAAUACUGAUGAGGGUUCGCUUCUUUCCUUACAACUACCAAAGGCAGAAGGAGAGGACUGUACAUUAGGUGGCAGCAAAGCGAGGGAGAGAUGUGCACAGACGCUUCUCUGCACGUCAUUACCCACCUCCCACAGACUCUGGCCUCCAUUCUGUCUCAGCUUCAAGAUGACUGAUGUAUGACUAACAGACUCAUUCAAAGUGUUCCAUGUAAGGACAAUACAUACUCUGUCGUAGACUCGCUUUCCUCUCUCAGGCAGAAGUCUGAGCACUCCCUAAUCUACUGCGAUACGUGUUGAUUUCUGUUCCAUCAGAAUGCGUUCACAGGAAGUGAAGGAAGCAGAAGCUUCAACAUUUUACACGAUUCAUUAUGUAACUGAUAAAUAUUUUUUAGUCAUGCAUUUAUAGUUCAGCAUUUAUACAGCCUGCAUAAUUUAUGAACUUUUCCUCAAGCCCUAAUUAGAUGUUUCUACUGUAGUCUUAGAAUAUAUAUUUUAAUCAAGUACAGAGUAGCAAACAUGUGUACUGUACACAUUUGCCUUGAUGACACUGAUAAAUAUACAUACACUCAGUUUCCAGUUUAUUAGGUACACCUAGUUAAAAUGAAUGCGGUACAAUACAUCAGCCUGUCAGUAAAUCCUUCCAUCUUGACAGUUCAGUUUUUGUUGAACCUGUUUUAAAAACUUUGACAGAAUAAGGGUGGACUAAAUGUUAGAAAUACACCUAACAGAGUGCUACAAACACCUGAAGGUAGGAUCUGUUACUGUGGUAUGCGUUAGUUUUAGCUAGAUUUACCUUAUGAACUGGCAACUGAGUGUAUAUACAUGUACAAAAUGUACACUUGACAUGGAUUUCAGUACACACUGACACAUAUGGUACAGACUGCUGGGCUUUACACAUCGUAAGAGCAAAUACAAUUUAAAUAUCACUGAUCUAAACAUCACUGUGAAUAUAUUGCAGAUCCUGUUUUUAAAUAUUUACGACCAUUUUUUAAUCGUGUAGGAAAUAUUAAGUUGUGUAAAUACAUUUCAGUGACUGCUGUUGGGGACGCAUUAAUGUUAAGUAUUGAUUUUGUUCAUGUUUCAUACACUAGUUUAACAGAAACUGCACGCUGAAUGAUAUUGUAGUUAUUUAAUGUGUAAACUGAGGUGCCAAACUUCCAACAUUGCAUACGUGCAUAACAGCACACUGCGCCCUGUAUAUUGGUAGAGUCUGUAAUGGAAUCUGUGUGCAGUGGAGAAUCUGAUGUUAGCAGGAUUUCGUUGCAACUGAAGACUUUAUCAGGUACUUCUGUCAUUUUAGCCUCUGUGGUUCAGGUUGUGUUUAUCAGUACAAUCAGCAGAAACAAGCUUUGGCCAUAAAAUCCACAUUCAUUAGAACAGUUAUAGAAAACAGCUGAACACUGCUGGAUGUUACUGCUAGUAUACGCUAAAUAUAUUAGUUUUUAUUAGUUUUGGUGAGACCUGUGUAAACACCUGCCUGCUGCAUCUCAACACUGUCUUAUUUUAUUGUACUCGACUAACUUUCAUACAAAGGAGUAACUUUUGGUUUUCCAUCUGAUAAACUUUAAAGAUGUAAGUGUUAAGACACUGAUAAGGUAGACAAAAUAAAAUGUUUUGAACCUUA